AACAAAAUGGCAGCGCCCUGUGUGUCUCAUGCAGCUGUGCUGAAGCUGUAAAGAAGACGAGGAGAAAUGCGUUACCUGCUUUAACUACAGUGUCGGUUGUUUUAUGCUCCAAACAGUCAUGGCAGCUCCCGGAAAGCCGACUAAAAAGGAAAUCAAAAAGCAGACUCCAGCCAAGACCUCCUUCACUUCACCCUUUGCCUCAAAAUGGAGCCCGCUCCCCCAAGAGGACAUGCACUUCAUCCUGAAAACUCUGAAGGAUAAGUUGAUCUCAAUGGGUCUGGAGAAAAAAGAAGUGAAAGUGUUUCGCCCAUGGAGGAAAAAGAAAGGCAAAAAACCUGAUGUCGCACCACAACCUGUUCCCCAGGUGAGCGAUUCCUCCAAAAACGGCUGGACAGAUGUGGCAGCCAGACGGCAGCUGGCCAUCGGCAUCAACGAGGUGACCAAGGCUCUGGAGAGAAACGAACUCAGACUGCUGCUCGUGUGCAAGUCUGUCAAACCGAAACACAUGACUAAUCACCUGAUCGCUCUGAGCACCACCAGAGGAGUGCCGGCCUGCCAGGUGCCUCGCCUGAGCCAGAGUGUGUCGGAGCCGCUGGGGCUGAAAAGCGUGCUCGCCCUCGGGUUCAGACGGUGCUCCUCUAGUGAUGAUGGGGUGUUUACCGACACUGUCGAUGCCAUUAAGCCCAGAGUGCCUACACUGGACAUGGCAUGGCUGCAAGGUGCUAAGCCUGAAGAACCUGUUGCCAUGGAGGAGGAGGAAGGUGGUGAAAGAAGGGGACAAAAAAGGAAACUGGAAAGUGAAUCUGAGGAGGUGUCAGAGUCUCCCUCCUGCACUCUGCAGCCGCUCCAGGUGAAGAGAAUCGUUGCUAACCCUGCAAAGAAAAAGAAAGGGAAGCCGAAGAAAAAGCUGUAAAGUGAAAGAGAAACUUUAAAGACUGUUUAGCUCAGGAGUUUCCAGUGUUGUUUAUUUUUUGGUUUUUGAACAGUGCUUGCAGCCUCAGUCUGGACAUUACUUAUGUGAAUAGUUUAUAUAAAGAAUUUCUGGAAGCGUAAAGAGAAAAAAAGGUUUAUGGGAACAAGGUUUAGACUUUUCUGCCAAGUAUUUUUUAUCUGGGGAACCCUCAGACCUUCAGGUUUGCAUUCAUUGUUUCAGCAGAUUAGUAGCAUUGCAUUUGGUUUCAUGCAUAUUUAUACAAUUGAAUAUGGUCUGACUGAAGUUUGAAUUUCAAUUUGUCCACAAUUAAAGCUGGUCUGCACACAUUGUUUUUUAUAAAGGCAAUUAAGUUUUUCCUGGUAUUUUGAUAGUGCUGUUUGUUUUAAAUGGAGCUUGUAAUAUUUGACCCUCAAAUGAAAUAUAUUUCCUCUAUAUCAUAGAGAGGGCUGCCUUUACACCACCACCAUCUUGGAGCUGUUCUGCUGGAUUACUCGGGUACUAAGUAGAAAGUAGUAGUACAUUCAUGUUGAAAUGUAAGCAGAAGUUUUAGACCUCAUAGGCAAAAAUGAGCCAACUUAACUUCCACACAAGGUGCACCUUAUCUGAUAGAACAGGAAGCAUCAAGUAGCUAUUCCCAUAAUUAAGACAUCAACUAUGAGUGUUCACAAAAUGUCCUUACCCAUUUUUCAUGCGUGCCAUGUUGUCUGCACAGCCGACAGUUCAAUAAACCCUGUGUUGAUUACA